UUACACCUCCUCGACUUCUUUCAGAAGAAAAGUUUUGCAAGGCAAACUCGUCAAAAGUUUGUCUGCUACACGGACCAGCCAUAUGAAGGAUAAACGAGGAAGCAUGAAGCAAUCACUUUAAUGACGUGAUCAUGUUUAUUCAUCUACAGGAAGGAUUUUAUAACUUCAUUUCAAAACGCUUGGGACAUGUUGCGCCAGAGUGGUACAUAUAACCGAGCUGCUAUUGUUCUUCUUCAUUUGUUACUUUGUUCACUGCAUUGACCACACGGUUUGGAGUAUUUGUUUUGGUACUUUCUUUUAUGUGUUAUUCCUACUGACUAUAUAUAUAUAUAUAUAUAUAUAUAUAUAUAUAUAUAUAUGUAUAUAUAUAUAUAUAUAAAGACUCAAUAGCGUCAAAUAAUGUCAAAGAAAAGUUUCACCGCAGAGAAACAUUUCACUGCGGCCGUCACAGCGGUUCUUCUGCUCGGCUUCAUUUCGUCCUGCAGACCUGAAUCGUCUCCAUCCUGUCAUGGAGCUUACGACCUCUACUUCGUCUUGGACAGGUCAGGAAGUGUCUCGACUGAUUGGGUCCAGAUCUAUGAGUUUGUGAAAAAUCUCGUAGAUCGAUUUGUAAGCCCCAAUCUGAAGGUUUCGUUCAUCGUUUUCUCGUCAAGCGCAGAAGUCAUAUUGCCUCUCACUGGAGACAGGACAAUGAUAGAGGACGGCCUACAGAAACUGAGCAAAGUCAUACCUGCAGGUGAUACAUACAUGCAUGAAGGAAUUAAAAAGGCCACCGAGCAGAUGAAAGAACAAACCAAAAAGUCUUCAAGCAUCAUAGUUGCAUUGACAGAUGGGAAACUUGCUGUAUAUGUCCAUGAUCUUACUGUAAAAGAGGCAAAUAUAGCGAGGGACUAUGGAGCUCGUGUAUAUUGUGUUGGUGUUAAGGAUUUCGACAAAGAUCAGCUGGCUGGAGUGGCUGAUAGUUCAAAUCAAGUCUUCCCAGUCACUGAUGGCUUUAAGGCUCUCAAAGGAAUUGUUAAUUCGAUACUGAAGCAGUCAUGCACAGAGAUCUUAACAAUGGAGCCGUCCAGUGUCUGUGUGAAUGAGUCUUUUAACAUGGUCCUCAAGGGGAAUGGAUUUAUGCAGGGACGAGUCCAAGAUGGAGUCCUUUGCAACUUCCUGGUGGAUGGUCAAACUUACAUUGAAAAAUCAUCCACAGUGCGAGAUGACUAUGUGCUGUGUCCUGCUCCAAUGCUUCAGUAUGCUGGACAACAAAUGGAAGUUCUUAUCAGCUUGAAUGGUGGGAAGUCCUUUGUCACGAGUCCCUUUACCAUCACUGCUACAUCUUGUUCGGAUGGUACUAUCGUGGCCAUUAUAUUCCUGGUGCUGUUGCUGCUUGUUGCUCUGGCUCUCAUGUGGUGGUUCUGGCCUCUGUGCUGCACUGUGGUUAUUAAAGACCCACCUCCUCAAAGACCUCCUCCUCCACCACCUCAACCAGAGGAGAGUCCACUUCCCAAGAAGAAAUGGCCAACCGUGGAUGCUUCUUAUUAUGGAGGAAGAGGAGCCGGGGGUAUCAAACGAAUGGAGGUUCGCUGGGGUGAGAAAGGCUCAACAGAGGAGGGAGCGAGACUGGAGAAAGCCAAGAACGCAGUGAUUUCUAUACCUGAAGAGGCGGAAGAGCCGAUGAUCAAAAAACCCAAACCAGAUGCACCUGCUUACCAUCAAUCUGAAACGAAAUGGUACACUCCAAUCAAGGGUCGUCUGGAUGCACUGUGGGCUCUUCUACGGAGACAGUAUGAUCGGGUUUCCCUCAUGCGACCCACUUCUGCAGAUAAGGGACGCUGCAUGAAUUUCAAUCGAGUUCCUCAUCACUAGAGAGACUUCAAGCAUCAAAAUGCAUGGAUUGAGAAAAUAUCAGAGAUAAAAAAAAAUCAAAAAACAAUUUUGUUUAUUUGAUUUUUUUUAUAUAUAUAGUUUUUGGAGAAACUUUGUUUUAUGUCCUAAUUGUCCAGUUGAACCUUUUAAUUGAUCACAUUGGCCGUAUCUGAAAUUCCCUUCUUGAAGGCAUAAAUUGUGACUUUUUCUAAUAUUUUCAGAUUAAUUUCUGAUAAAUUAAUCACCACAGUUUGAGCCACAUUUGGGAAGUACUUUGGGUAGUAUUUUUUUAUACACACCAAGGGCUUAACAUAUUCUGACCAUAUUGUACCUUAUGUGGGGGUGAAAAAAAAAAGAGAGCUAAUUUUAAGGACACAGACGGAGGCUACUUUAGAGGGGAAAAUGAAAGAAAAAAAAAAGAAGAGGAAGUCUGUUUGCCGUUGGAGUCAAUAAUCCCAGUAGACUUGGUGAGUGCAGAAAGUCCAGCGCCUCUUGGCAAUGUCUCACCACAAAGCCUCUCCAGUAUCGCCCAGUGCCUAGCGGGACCUCUCUGACUGCAGAUCCUGUCAUUUUAACACUGAGAAGUGCACACGCAUGACAAACUGUAGACAGAACGCCCUAAGGUCCUGGAUGCGCUAGGACUUUGCCCUUUAGUUUUGUGGAGACACCUUUCCAUCAUCAUGCACUCGGGAACAGAGAAAUUAACAGAGCGUUAUUUCACCACGAGACAUCACACGACCAAUGCAGCUACUUUUUUUUGCCACUAAUAUAUUCCCUUACAAGAUUUUAAAAUGCGUAAAUAUAGAUUAUAGCUGUCGAGCCACUGCAGAUCAUUCAAACCUCUAACUUAAACUUCAUUACAUUAAUUAAAAGGCACAAGCAAGCAGCAUCCUGUGAAGCAUGUGCUCAUCUUUUUUUAUGCCUUUUGACACUGAAUGACCCGUUACUCUGUCUGCAUCAGUUGGAAUUAAAACACACAUCAUGCAAAUCCCAGAUUGCGAAAUCAGACGAACGAGUAUUGUUCAUUUCCAGAUAUUAUCCUCAUCAUCACACACACACAAGCAAUAUAUAUAUAUAUUAUUUGUACAGUCGUCCGACGCGCUGUCACGACGCCGUUCAGGAAAUGAUGCCAGUGCGGAUAGAAAUGCCAUCGGGGUGGGGGAAAGAGGGCAGCAGCUGAAGGGAAAAAAAAGGCUCGAACGAUCCAGUCACUUUGGAUGCACUACUUCAGAUGCAGAAUGGAUAUUCGAGUGGAAAUCUGACAAAGCUCGCCAGCUUUGAUGGGAAGCGGUAUAGACAAUGACCAGUGGCUGGGUCAGUGGGAUGUCUCGAUGCAAGCAGGGAAGCUUAUCAAAUGACACUAAAAAUAAGUUCAACAACCAUCAAGUUUGAGGGGGGAACGGAAAAAAGGGGUGCAGACGCUCCUAUUCGGCGUGCAGGCGAGAGCAUGUAGACAGUAGGGGAAACGCAGAAGCACGCCGCUCUAAUUAUUCCUUUGUUGUCGUCUUCAUUUGAAAGCCGUGAUUUACUCCUCAGGCCGCAAAAACCAAAAAAAAAAAAGUCUGGAAAUCGAAAUGGAAAAAAUAAUAAGGAGAAAUAGUAUGGGUUUUUUUGCUUAUUUGGAACAAACUCAUUACAUUUUUUGGACAUGUUAUUUUUUUUAUUCUUAUUUUAUGGAAUGGCACAGAUUCAUGAACCGUUAUUCAUCCUAAUUAGAUAUUUACACAGCGCUAACACAGCUUUUCAUUAUAUUAUCUCAGCAUAUAAAAGUUAGCAGGACAAUUCAGCCUUGGUCUCCAGGGCACUGUUGUGGAGUCAUAUAUAUAAAUAUAUUUUUUAUUUCACUUUGUUUUUCUUUUAAAUGUAUUUUCUAUUUAUGUUUUAUAAUCAUAACAUUGAGUCUCUUAUUAUUUCUGCACAAUAAUGUACUUUCACAGGGAUUAGUGGCUUCACUUAUACUGACGUGCCUCAUAAUCCUGUUUUGCACCUUUUUGUUUUUUUGUUUUUUUAAUUAUUUACAAGACUGAAAUUUCAAUCUAAUUCUGUGUAAACUCUUCAGUAACCAAAAGCAACAGCAUGAAUAUUGGUCUGUUUGUUAUUAUUAUUAUUAUUAUUAUUAAUUAAUUUGAAUAUACAUUUUUAUUCAUUUAAUCUAAUUAAUCAAUAAUAAUAAUAAUAAUAAUAAUAAUAAUAAUAAUAAUGAUAAUAAUGAUAAUAAUGAUAAUAAUGAUAAUGAUAAUAAUAAGCAGAAAAUGUUACUUUUUUUUAAAAAUGGAAAUAAUUCAAAAAUAUUCAUCUUUAGGACUCAACAUAAGAAUGCACUAUUCUCUUAUUGCCAUUUUUGUUUUUUGUUUUUUUUAUGAAUUUAAAUAAUAAUGCUGUGAUUUUAAACUGAAUGUGUAAUUUAAUUGGCAUCAAAAGGAGAAAACGUGUAUAUUUUCAGGAAUAAUUUAUUUAACAAUAACACACAAGUUGGCAUGGAUCUGUUCCCAACUUACCAUAUUCCAUUUCUGUUCUGUUUUUACAUAUUCCAGUAAUUCUCAUCCAUAUUAAAUCUUGCUAAUAUUUCUCAUAUGCGUAUUGAAAAUGUGAAAAACGAGUGAACACAAGUUUGCCGGGUGAUGCCUCACGAAGGGGCAUUGUUUGCGUGUGUAAGUAGAGCGAUAUAAGUAUAUACCUUGCAGCAGUAUUCACAGAUAUAGUAGUAUGUUUCACAUGUGCUAAAAUAUCCUGUAUUCACAAAACGUUGCUAUGCAUUGAGAGUGAAAUCCAUCCAUCAUGGAGCUUUGCUGAAACAUUUAAUUUGCAUUAUUGUUCUGUCCAUUUGUAUGAAAUAAAAUGUAGCUAUAUUUUG